GUUACUGGUUAGCAUGGGUCCUCAUUUUAGUGAUAAUGGAAAUUAAAAUCAGAGCAUCAAUUUGUAGGGAAAAGCUUUAAUUGAAAGUCAAAAGAAGACAAGGAAAAGACUCCAGCAUGGGUAGUAGUGUGACAGGGCACACUCUAAUAAAGAGGAUCAGAUUGGCCCAUUUGUGGUACCAAAGAACCAGUUUUAUGGGGUACUUGUGGUGAGCUUGGGAUAGGUUAGUCAAUAUCUUAGUCCUGGUUUCAUAGGUCAGGUUGAAGCCUUGUGAUUUCAAGGGCAAUUUGGUUCCUGUGGGAGGAGUCUUCACGACCUAAAAGAUUAUUUCAGUCACGUGAGGCUCUGCUGGAAUCCAGGGUGACCCUGUGUUUAAGGCAAUGGGGGCUUCUGAGCCUAGGUGUUCUCAGUCUUGAAAGGUGAUGAGACAGGUUAGAUAGGGCUAAUACACACACCCUAACGCGACUGAAGAGCUGAGAGGGAGUUGACCCAGAGUGUCACAAAUGAAGGUCAAGCUUUGUUCUUUUAAUUGACUACUGGACAUUUGUAAGCUCAACUGAAGAAAAUGGAGUCAACAAAAGCCACCUGUAAGUCCCUGACUGCCUUAGGAAGAAACACAAAUCAUGCUCUUGAUGUGCAGCAGGUGAAGGGCCAAGGAGUUAAUUUGUUCUCUGUUCGCCAUGACGGUGGUCCAUGGGAGAUUCAUGGAUGCCGAUUUCAUCAUUAAGUUUCAGGAGCCACAGUAGUGCAGGAGGUCUGGGAAUCCAGACCUUGUCCCGAGAGCCAGUGCAGCUUCCGUGCGCUGCUACCAGCCUGGGCUUCUUCCAGGACUCCCAAGCUUUGUGGUCAGUAAGCUCCGCCUGUUUUGUUCACUGUGGUAUCUUCCCCGCGGCGGGAGCCAAAGAUUCUCGGUCUUCUAGUCCCCUUCCUGUUUUUUCCUUCCCGACUUCCAAGUUUCUGUAGCCCCCAACUCGUUGCAGUGCAGUAGCCCAAGGCUGAGUAUGCACCAGGACGGGGAGUUCAAAGCCUGGGGCUAAGGUUACAGCACGCGGGGCUUUGCGGGUAGACGGCCCUCAGCAGGCAAAGCGGAAGGUGGGCGGGGCGGGCCUCGGGGCCGGAGCCCCCGGCGAAGGGCCUUUCACCUCCCACGAGACUUCGUGAAGGAGGAGGAUGAGCCUCCCCCCGGGAUCCGGAAGCCCGCGCCGGUGGGCGGGACUCCACCGCCCCUUCCGCCCCACUGCGCUAGCGCGCGCGCCCCCUGGUGGCCGCGGGCCGCAUCGCCCCCGGCGGCGGCGGGAUAGAGGCGCAGGCGCAGACGCGCGGACAUGGCGGAGCCUGUGCAGGAGGAGCUCUCGGCUCUGGCCGCGAUUUUCUGCGGGCCCCGCGAGUGGGAGGUGCUGAGCCGCUCAGAGAAAGAUGGGACCGUGUGCAGAAUUCACACAAAAGCUGAAGGCCUUAUGGAUGUGGAUGUACCCUUAGAGUUGGUGUUCCAUUUACCGGUCAAUUACCCUUUGUGUCUGCCUGGUAUCUCAGUUAACUCAGAACAUUUGACCAGAGGCCAGUGUGUGACUGUGAAAGAGAAGUUACUUAAGCAAGCAGAGACGCUUUUGCCGGAGCCCAUGGUUCACGAGCUGGUUCUUUGGAUCCAGCAGAAUCUCAGGCAUGUUCUCAACCAACCAGAAACUGGAAGUGGCAGUGAGAAGUGUACUUUUCCAACAAGCACGACUGUGGAUGAUGGAUUGUGGGUAACUCUUUUGCAUUUAGAUCACAUGAGAGCAAGGACAAAAUACAUCAGAACUGUGGAGAAGUGGGCCUCAGAUUUAAGGCUGACAGGAAGACUGAUGUUCCUGCGUAAAAUAAUACUGAUUUUACUACAAGGAGACAGAAACAGUAUCAAGGAAUAUGUGGUUCUUCAGAAAACCUCCAAAGUAGAUGUGGACUCAAAUGGAAAGAAAUGCAAAGAGAAAAUGAUUAGUGUACUGUUUGAGACAAAAGUACAGACGGAACACAAAAGGUUUCUGGCAUUUGAAGUCAAAGAGUAUUCAACAUUGGAUGACUUACAAAAAGAAUUUGAAACUGCAGGACUUAAGAAGCUUUUCUCCGAAUUUGUACUUGGGCUGGUAAAAUGAAAUUAAUGACAAGGAGUUUUUGGUAAAUCAGCAAUGUGUUUUGUUGUUGUUUUUGCAUUGGACUUGGGAAAUGGCUAAUCAAAAUAGUCAUAAGGGAGCAAUUUUAAAGUUUCCCUGUAGCAAAAUCACUGUAAUUUCGGGAACAAAAGCCAAUUCUGUUUUAUGGAAUAUUAAACAUGAAAAGAGCCCAUCUAUUCUAAUGUUUGCUGGGAAGGACUAGGUUCAGUGGAUGGAACAUUAUUUGGAACACAGAUAAAAAAAGAUGCUGCUAAGAGAGCCCUUGUUUUUGUAUAGACAAUUUGUUUGGAACGAUGCAAUUUUCUGGCUAAUUUUUUUGUAAUUAAAUGAUUUUUUAAAAAAGAAA